CAGACUCCUAACCUGCUCUCUCUCGGAGCAAAAACAUGGAAACCUGAAAGAAGCGGAAAGAAACAACUCAUUCGGAAUAAAAGGUGCAUUAAUAAAGUAUGUUUAUUCGUCACAACUACUACGCGGAGCAGAAGCGAGCGGCUCAAACACUUUCCAAAUAGACUCCCGGAGCGAGAAAGCGGAGGGAGGGAGGAAAGCGCAGCAGGUCUUUGGUGGAUGGAGAGAAAAUGGACGUGAACCAGAGGGAGCUGCCUUUAUUUGGACAAGUGGAGGCUCAUGUAAGGCUGCAAACCAGAGUUUCUGAACAUGCAGAUUUCUACAUUGUUGUACAAGGCUCUAGACUUGCACACGUGAUUAGAGCAAAAAGAGCCAAUGAUGGCUUGAGUCUCUGCUUCACAGUUCCAGGCCACAACCUUGAGGAAGUUGUUUUUGUCACAUCCUACUUUCACAUUGAGAACAAAGUCAAACCUUGUGAGGGGGAAGCGUCCUUUAAGUACGUCAGGGAUGAUGCCCAGGAAGUAGCAGAAUACCUAAGUGAAAACAGAGACCAGCUUGACCCCCAGAGCUUCUUAGAGAUCCUGAAGAAGUUUCCUUGUUGCGCACAGGGAGAGGAUGAUGAGCUCUUUGUUGAACAGUUAGCUCACCUUGAGCAGGAGGUGGAGAUCAAUAAAAGUUCAGCUGAUCUUCGGCUGCUGGAUGAGAAGAUCACACAUGCUUUGGCUAACAUGGAUUACCCUCAGCAGUGGAAAACAGAUGGCCAACCUAAAGAAGCUGUCAAACAUCAUCCCAGAGAAACCCUUCUCCACGUUGCAGUGCGUUUGGGUUUGGUUCACCUUGCCCGAUUCUUAAUUCACCAACCAAGAGGUCAAAGGGCAUUGACCUUACCCAAUCAGGAUGGAGACACACCCCUCCAAUUAGCUCAAAAGUCUGGACAGCAUGCCAUGUUCAUGCUGCUAGCAGCCUCUCCAGGUCCUGCAGUCAGCCCUCUUCCUGGUGUGUGGUGCUUGUGGUCCAACAGUUCUUACAUGCUGAGGUUCUGUCCUGGGACCGACUCUCUAGCCCUCUCUGUGAGGCAUACCCCGGGAAGCUCCCCUCAGGAUAGCAUCAUGGUCCUGCGAGAAAGACUAGAAGACUUCAGUGUUUCUAAAAUGAUCAAUGUGCUCAGAGCUGAUACUGUGGUGGGCAAGAGGGAUACAGAUGAAGGUGUUCAGACUAACAAAGGCAACAACAAGGAACAACAUGUGAAAGAGCAUGUGCUCGUGGACAGUGUUUUUGAAGAGCAGCUCGUCCUGUCUUUAGAUGACGAUGAUGAUGAAGAAGAGUACUCAUCCUCAUUAUCUGGUAACUCUCUUCUCUUCUCUUCGACCUCUGCUUCAAGUAUUUUCAGAUGA